GACAUGAGAGUAGUUCAGGAGAAGUGGUUUUUAACAACUUUGGACAACAUCCAUCUUCUACUUUGGAGAAUAAAUUUUUUUUACUUAUUCUUCGGUCUGUUUUUGAUUUAUCUCAAAUGCAGCAGCAUAACAGGUGUUAAGAUUAUUGGUCAUGAUGCAUCAGUCAAAAAAGGAGGAAAUAUCACUUUGUUUUGUCAUCUGACUGAGACGGAGGACAAUUUAACUCAUAUUGUCUGGCAGAAACAGACAAGAGAAAACCCUAAAUGGGAAACCUUCUUAAUCAUUGACAAAUAUGGUAAAACUGAACACAAAAACGAUUUACUGGACAAGGUCAAAUUUAUUGGGAAUAUUAAAGAGAAGAAUGGAUCGGUUCAGCUCCUGGGAAUGACACUGCUGGAUGAUGGGAUCUAUACUUGUAUCUUCAUAUUUCCUAAUGGACAAAAUCAGAUGAACAUCAAUGUCACUGUACUUGUUCCUCCGGUGGGAAAUGUUACAGGGAAGACACAUGUUUCAGGUCAUCUCAACAUUAUUUUGGCAUCGUGUGUCGCUUUCAAUGGCUGGCCUGCAGCCAAGGUGUUUUGGAGAUUAGGAGCUCUGAAUGACUCACUGAGGGCAGAAACCAGCUACUCAGAGCACACAGAUGGAAGCGUCACGGCUGUGUCCCACAUACUUGGUGCACCAUCUAAAAAUUUAAACCAGAAGAAGAUCCAGUGUGUGGUAAAACACAGCACACUGACAAAGGAGCUAGAGCUUGACUACGUAAUAAACGUCCACUAUCCUCCAGAAUUGGUGCUGAUAUCUCCUGAUGAUCCAACACAGACUCAAGAAUAUCUUUGUUCAGUGGACUGUAACCCAACACCAACCAGCUACAUCUGGAUCAAAGUGAAUGGAAGUACUCCUCGUUCUGACAGCAACAAGCUUUUCGUCCCAAAAUCGUCCUCUGAUUUUAAUGGUGUAUACAUCUGUACAGCAUCAAACCAGUAUGGAAGUGCUUCAGGUGUCCUCUAUGUGAAUAACACUGGAUCCACUGAUGACUGUUGGCUUCUUCUUGGUUUGGUCUUCAGCUGUGCCGUGCUGUGGAUUUCUCUGGCCUACAUAUUGAGUAGUGGUGGAAAAAACGCCUCAUGUUCCACACUCGAGUAAAAGUACAGUAAAAGUAAACACUUUAAAUUAGGCAUCAUCGUAUGUAAACUCAUGCUAAAUGUCAGUCGCAGCCAGACUGCGGUGCCGAGCAGUGCUGGGGAAGUUUACUUUUAUAUUUAUCCAUUUAGCAAAGUUUUUAUCCCAAAAAUAUUCUUAGUACACAGUGCCAGGUGUAUUAGAUAACUAUAUUAAGAAACCAGCUAGAGAAGAGCAGAGAAGAAUGUAUUUUUUUGUGAGAGUGAGUAAGUGUCUUCAGCUGCUUCUUGAAGGAUGUGAUGGUCUUAGCAGUUCAGGUUCUCUUUGGCUGAUUGAAGACCAGACAUGCUGCCACAUUCUGGAUCAUCUGCAGAGGUUUAGUCACCCUGGUUGGAAGACCUAGACUUGAAAUUGCAAAAUUACAAGUUGUGCUGCAUAUUUGUGACCCUAGACCACAAAACCAGUCUUAAGUCGCACAGGUAUAUUUGUAGCAAUAGCCAACAAUACAUUGUAUGGGUCAAAAUUAUCCAUUUUUCUUUUAUGCCAAAAAUCAUUAGGACAUUAAGUAAAGAUCAUGUUCCAUGAAGAUAUUUUGUAAAUUUCCUUCUGUAAAUAUACCAAAACUUAAUUUUUAAUUAGUAAUAUGCAUUGCUAAGAACUUCAUUUGGACAACUUUAAAGGCGAUUUUCUCAAUAUUAAAUUUUUUUUUGCACCCUCAGAUUCCAGAUUUCCAAAUAGUUGUAUCUCGGCCAAAUAUUGUCCGAUCCUAACAAACCAUACAGCAAUGGAAAGAUUAUUUAUUCAGCUUCAAAACCUUGACCCUUAUGACUGGUGUUGUUGUCCAGGGUCACAUUUGUGCUGCAAAUGUGAACCUGCACGAUCGGGAUGUUGUGACGUGGGUAGGAAAGCAGAAGCUAAUCAUCAAACACUAUGCUUAGGUUCUCAGCUGUCCUGGUUGGUGUUGUUAUGGUCACAACUGACAGCGAUUACCAGAAUCUCUUUUUUUUUUUUUUUUUGCAUGGUUGGACUUGUAGAUGAGCUGUAGAAAUAUAAUUGACUGGAGUUUCAGAAUAAUUUGCAAGCUGAAUAUCUAUAACCAGUUUAGAAUGUUACCAAUGAAUGGGACGCUACAUCUUAUUCAAAACCUGUUGGAUAUUAAGUAUCUUGGCUUUAAUUAGAUUUCCCCAAGAAACAGGCAAGAAUGAACUCAUGAAUGGACCGUCCACCAUGAUUUCUGUACUGUUUGACAACAAAGCAUCCUGGAGUCUGCAUAAAUGACUUAUUGAGCUUCUAUUGGUGGAAAGUUCUGUUGUGCUUUAUUAAAACACCAUGUCUACACAACAAACAAGCAUCCAAAACUAGAUCAGUUUGAUUCAUAACAGCGAUCCACAUUUCUAUAAUUGCUGAUUUAUUGAGCAAUCGCUUUUCUAUAAUUGCUGUACACAAGCCUGCUGGAGAUAUAAGCGAUGCACAUACACAGGUGCUCUGUGGAUACGGCUGUAAUUUCUUACAUUUUAAUUUAAAAACCUGGAAAAUACAAUCAAUUUCAGCACUAGAUUGUCAGUUCAAAUAGCAAUAACUGGAGGGGCUCAUUUGAGCGUAAUGUUUAUUGAUUACGGUGAUGUUCAUGAAUCGAAGUCAAGAGUAAAUUAUGUUUUCUGAUUAUUUGUUUGGACCAUUUGUUAUUUGUUUGGUAUGUAAAACACCUAUCACUGCACAUUUUGAACUAUAUAAAUAAUCCUGCCCUGUCUUGGUGCAAAAGUACAAAAAUGGUUUGAUUGAUGACCUCCAAAAGAAUGACUGACUGUUGUGCUCUGAACUAUUUUAUUUUCCAGUGUUGUUGAGAUCUGACGCUACAUUUGCAUUGUCUGCUUAAGUCAUAUCUGUCAACAUUUGGGUACCACAAUUUAACUACCAAAUGUAAAUAUAGCCUAAGAUGAAGAGGAAAAAAAAACUGUAACCUCCCUUUUUUCAUUGCAUCACACACACACAAACAAAAACAAAUCUCUGCUCUACUGUAGAUAUGCUUAUUGAAUAUACACCAAAGGUUUGGGAUAGCUAUCAUUUCAUUUAUUUAUUUUAAGUAAAUUGCUACUUUUAUUCACCAAGGAUGCAUUAAAUUCAUGUCUAACCUAAUUCUGUGUUAUAUGUGUUCAACUGUCCUGCUGCUGUAUCGCAGUGAAUUCCAUUGUAAUGUGAGCAGGGAUGCCUGUAAACUUUAAGUGUCUUAUGGACUUUUCCACAGAUGUAUGUACAAUAAUUGUUCAUGAUUAAUAGAACAUGAAAAACAUUGUCUAAACCCUUUCCAAUUUGGAUUUUACAAAAUCCUGAAUGUAAAAGUAGCCUGAAAUUGGUUUACUCCCAAACCCAAAGCAUAACAAGUCCUGGAAAAAGUAUGUAUUUUAGUGAGAUGAUGCCAAAAUGGAAAAUAGGUGCUUGGAUGUGUGGUAGAAAUUCCCCUACAGACCCAAAUUAAGUUAAACCGCUUUUAUAUGAUUGGUUCUUCAUAUUCAUUUCAUAUGCAUCCAUUAUUGCAACACACUUACUAACUCAAGUGUUGGGGACAUUUAGUACACAAAAGCAUACAAAUGUUAGUCAUGAUUAAUCGCUACACUAGGCUAGGUUGGAACUGCAGCCAUUUUGGAUUCUGCUGUCUUUGUAUUUAUCUGUGGGCUCUAAGAGUCAGAUUUGCAUCCCUCAGCCGUCCUUUUCCUCAGCUCUACCCUGGUUUUUCCUCAUCCUUCCUCAAUGAUUGUUGUUCACUUUAUAGUGCGAGGCGCCAACAGGGAGGGGAAUGUAAUACACAGGUUUACACAAGUUUUUCUUGUUACUCACCGUUCGUUUUUCAUGUUUUUUUAUGUUGCUGCCAUAUUUUAAACUGCUUUAAAUUACUUUUUUUCCACAUCAAUCAACACUCCAUUCACCAUAUUGACAAAUAAAAAACAGAAUUGUCACAACUUUGUAAAUUUAUUAAAAAUAAAAAAACUGAAAUGAGUGCAUUGCAUAAGUAUCCAUACCCUUAACUAAAUAUUUAGCUGAAGCACCUUUUUUUUUCAGCCUCAAGCCUUUUUUGUUUGAUGUGACAAGCUUUUAUCAUCAUCAUAUGGCAAUUAUCUGCCAUAUGAUUACUCUGUCAGGUUUGAUGGGGGCAGAUGCACAUUUUCAGGUUUCUCCAGAAAUAUUUGACUGGGUUCAAGCUCAGGCUGUGGCUGGGUCACUCAAGGACAUUCACAGAGUUGUCUAUAAGCCACUCUUGCUGUGUGCUUAGGGUCAUUGUCCUGUUGAAAGGUAAACCUUCUGCCCAGUCUGAGGUUCUGAAUGCUCUGGAUAUAUUUUGAUCUCAAUAUUUUGGUACACUGAGCUUUCCUUCUACUCUGAUGAGUCCCUCAGUCCCUGCUGCUGAAAAACAGCCCCACAGCAUGAGGCUGCUACCAGCACACUUUACUUUUGGGAUGAGCUGUGCCUGGUUUCCUUCAAACAUGAUGCUUGGAAUUGAGGUUCAUCCGACCAGAGAAUCUUGUUUCUCACAGCCUGAGGGUCCUUUAGGUGCUUUUUUUGCAAAUUCCAAGUGUGUUUUCAUAUGAUGAGCUCCCUCUGCUGGCCUCUCUUCCAGCAACACUCCCAUCAGCCACUGUAAAUGUUACACACUCCUAACUAAUUUUUUUUCUGACUUCUGUAAACUCUGUAAAAAAUAAUAAUAAAUACAGGAUGUGAAAUUUGUAAUCACCACCAUGCUGUCCUUUACAAGUUGUUCUUUAUCAAUUACAGUGUGCAUAAAAGCAGCAUCCUGCAUGGUCAGUUUGUGUUUUUACCAUAGGUUUUUACGGAUAUUACCAAUUUUAAGUUCUUCAAUUUUUUGUUUUAAAUUAAUUUUAUUAAUUAACAAAAGUGCUUAAAUCAAGAUAACAUGAGAUCCAUUCAGCUUCAAUUCUGUGAGUUUAUUAUGUCAUUAAUACAUUAUUAAUGUG